AUGGCGGCGCCCGCCCGAGGGCCGGAGGCGCCGGCGGCCGCGGGCGUGGCGCGCGCGGCGGGGUCGGCCGAGGGAGCCGAGUGCCCGCAGCCUCGCUCGCCGCAGCCCCCGCGGCAUGGCCUCGCCGCCCCGGGCGCCCGCGGACCCGCGCCGGCUGCGUCUGGCGGAGCUGCGGGAGACGCUGAGGCGCCAGGAGAGACUUUCGCGCAACGAAAAAUUCAUUUGCAAAUUGCCCGACAAAGGUAAAAAGAUCUUAGACCAUGUCGCCAAACUGAAAGCUACCAUUGCAGAGCACGAGUUGGUUAGAGGAAAAAGUGAACUGUUUGACCCUACUAAUUUAGACUCUGAGCUAAGGCAAAAGGCACCUGUUGUUGACAGGGACACAGAUCAGGCCGGGAAUUCUAACCAGAUACUCAGUGAGUCAUCGCUUGUUCCUGGCCAUACCUCUGUCAAGAGCACCACGGCACUAAAAACACCCACACAUCCCCAAGCACUAGGACAACCCGCUUCCAGAGGAGAAGAGACAGAGAUUGAAAACCCAGUGAGCCACCACCCAGCUUCGAGUGGUGGAGCCAAUGUACCUUCCUCUGCAGCCUUUGAGCAUCUCUCUGGCCAGUCUGCUUCAGAUCAAGCAGAAGAUAAAUCCAGCAGUUUGGAAAACCAGUUUAUUGAUCGGUUACAGAAAAUCACAAUUGCAGAUGAGCACCAGUCAGAAGAAAACACAAAUACGGAGAACUUAACAGGCCUUGGAAGCAGGACUCAAAAGAAGCCUCAUUUCAUGGAAGUUCUAGAAAUGCGAGCCCAAAACCCAGUGCCCACACCCCAUAAAUUUAAAACUAAUGUUUUACCUUCACAGCACACCAGCUCCUCCAGUCACUGUCAAGGAAGAGGGUCCCCUGUUUCUUUGGAAGAACGGCGGCGCAGAGACAAGCAGCAUCUCGAUGACAUCACAGCUGCUCGGCUUUUGCCACUUCACCACAUGCCUGCACAGCUGCUUUCUAUAGAAGAGUCUCUGACCCUGCAGAAACAGCAGAAACAGAACUAUGAGGAGAUGCAAGCUAAGCUUGCAGCACAAAAGUUAGCUGAAAGAUUGAAUAUUAAAAUGCAGGAUUAUAAUCCAGAAGGGGAUACCUCGAAGAAAUACCGUGAAGUCAGGGAUGAAGACGAUCAGUCCUCUGAUGAAUUCUGAAGGUGGCAACAGGAUCGCUUGAGUGUCUCUUCCAAGGAGAUGUUAUGAUCUUAUAGUGACUAACUGUUAGACUUGUUGAAGGAACAGUUUUGCAGAGUUACUCAAAGAUGACUGUAAAAGUGGCCUGGUUUUUCUCUCAGAAGAUAACUUUCAUGUGCUUGGAAAGUUUUAAUAUUCAGUGUAAUGACAUUGUAUUAAAAUUUUGCAGUAUGUUG